CAGCCUCAUCCGAGCCGGAAGUUCGCAGUGAAUGCAAAACGCAUCUACUGCAAAAUGUUGUCGACAGGGAACAACAUCUCGAAGAGAAGGAAUUGCUUGUUUGUUUAUCGGUUCCCAUCCACCUAAUGAAAGUUGUCCGACGCGAUGGCGACGACGCCGUCGAUGACCUCAUCAGCAGCCCCUGAAACUCGACCUCCUCUUUCAACUCAAGAUGCCUUCCUGUCACCACCUACUUCGCCAUUUCCAGUACGAAGUUUGUCAACAGUGUCGGUCGGUGACCUGGGCAUGGUCGUCGACAAUGAAGCUUCUUCACCAAAGCCACCUACUCGAAAAGGAAGGAAGAAGGCAGUGAACAAGCGGCGGAAAGUCACUUACGUAUCCCGCCAUUUUGAGGAGCUUGAGUCGAAAGAAGAGCAGUCCAACGACGGCCAGCCAGCAAGCCAUAUUUCCCAAGCUGUUAACAAUGCCUCCGCUUUGGAGGACGACGAGGUAGGGACUUCUAUGCUUGCCUCACCACCAGCAACACCAGCGCCGCCUCGUCCACGGAUCUAUUAUGGUGUCAACAUCGACGAUGACCUCUCGUCUGACUCGGACCUGACGGAUGUACCAAAUGACAUAGGACCGGAUCCAUUUACAAAGCCAUUUUCGGCCUCGUCUUCAAAAGUACAAGCAGUAAAGAUCAAGUCGAAGAAAACCCGCAAGCCUACAAAAUCACCCUACUUCCCUCAUCCACACAAGCAUCGACCAACAUUUCUGUCAACGCUGCCGUUUCCCCCGUUGUCACACAAGACCUUUGGUUUGAUGCAAGAAAGACUUGCUCAUGACCCCUUUCGUCUUCUUAUAGCCACGAUCUUCCUAAACAAAACUCCAGGCGAACGCGCAAUGCCGAUAUUCUAUCAACUCAUGUCUCGCUACCCCACUCCAUUGGAUCUCGCCAACGCAGAAGUCAGCGAUAUCACUUCAAUCAUAUACGGUCUUGGCUUCCAGAAUCAGCGUGCGAGAAAAUGUGUCGCUAUGGCUAAAGUUUGGAUCGAAAAACCUCCUGAACUUGGAAAGCGUUACAGGAAACUCCAUUAUCCCAUUAAAGGUGAUGGAAAAGAUCUUGGCGGUGACGAAGUCGUUGAGGAUGAUGAUGGGAGAGUUGCGUGGGAGAUAUCUCAUUUGCCUGGCUUGGGCCCUUACUCUCACGACAGCUGGAGGAUGUUUUGCCGCGAUAAACUGAGAGGAGUGGCGACCAGCUGGAAUGGUGAAGGUGCUGGGGACUCUGGAAACUUCGAGCCAGAAUGGAAACGAGUGGUUCCGUUGGAUAAAGAACUACGCGCUUGGCUUACUUGGAUGUGGCUGAAGGAGGGCUGGGUUUGGAAUAAAGAAACUGGACAGCGAACCAAAGCGAGUGACGAGCUGGUGGCAACAGCAAAGGGCGGUGGCGUGGUACUCGAAGAGAAAGACGCAAAUCAUCUCAUUGUCAAGAAGGUUGAAGACGAACAAGUGGCUGACCUUCAAGUGAAGAGAAAGGUCGAACGGAUUGCCGGUGACUUCUUGCCAGACACCCCCAUUAACAAUGAAACUUGAACUUCAACAACAUCUGCGGUCGUUUCAUCUCCUGUUAAUAACCUCAUCCACGACUGCGCUCACGGCAAGUAAGUUUUCGUCUUCAAAUUGACGCCCAACCAGCUGCAAGGAAAUUGGUGCAUUAUGCCACAAUUCAGGAUCAUCUGUUGCAACAGUCAGGAGUCAACUUUACGCAUACAAGAAGGAGACUUACAGAGCUCAUGAUGGACCUUGUCGUUGUCAUUGACAGGCUUAUAGCUCUCAUCCUUCAAGUCCUUGUUCUUGUCAACGAAGCCGACCGGCACGAUAACUCCUGGAUAGUCGAGAAGAUUCCAUUGAGCUGCAUAUCCCCACCAUCUGAAGUCUACGUGAGCAUGUCUCCGGGCUCUCGCGGUCACGAGAGGCUAAGGACUUACGUUAGGAAGUCGUGUGGAUAGCUUGCGCAAGGAUUGAUCGGGCACAAAAGUGCGUCAAUUGGUCUGCCUGAGGACGUCAACUUGGAUGUGUCGUUCCAGUGCCUUAAGUACUCCUUCUUAUUCCGCCAUGGAAUCAGCACAACAUACGUGGUACAACUCCCUGGCCGGCAAUUCGCGCAGUUCAGGGUUUGCGCUCAAUUUGGCUGCCGCCGGCGGCCAGGGCUCUCCAGUCGCAUCGAGCAGAGUCUGCAUCUCUUUCCCACCGGUCGCAUAGUACAGAGGAUACUGUGCGGAAGCGUUAGUUUGGGAGACAAUAGGUGUGCACUACUUACGGCGAUGUCCCAUGCUCGCUGAUGCUGGUAUGGCUCGAAUGCGAUAACAUCAUGGCCUGCAGACUUCAAUUUCUCGACAGCAUCUCGCAAACCCCUCAGAAUUGGCGGGUGUGGCAUGACGACUCCGUCAAAUUCCAUGACACCGAUGCUCAGUCUCCUCGGAAUGUCAGGCCUAGACGUCCACGCUUUCUGCACCACGCCGGGAUCCUCUUUCCAUGGUUCUGCUUUGGUCACAACUUGACAGAUCAAUUCAGUGUCUCGUAUGGAGUGGCACAUAGGUCCUAUCGCUGCUGGAAUACUUCGACCACCUUUGACGUUUGAUGUGAUUCCGUCAUAACUCAAGCGUCGAGUCGACGGCCGGAUACCGUAGAGCCCGUUAA